UUUUGGACAGGGUAGGAUGACAGGAAUUCUAUUAAGAGUUUACCUCCAAAGUCAGAACCUCUAGUACAAAUUACAUUUUUCACAACUUUUUUUCCUUUUUCUACAUUUUAGUACAAAAUUUAAAAGGGGAAAAAAGCGACAGUACACAAUUGGCAUUCAAUAACUUCUAGCUGUCUUUAUUUGCCAUGUGAUGAAACCAAAGCCCAGAGGAGUAAUAUAAAGUCAUAUAACAAGUGGCAGCCUGGGAAGGGUAACCUCAGAACUUCCAAAUCCCAGGCCAGUGUGCUUUCCUUUCGAUACCAAUACCGAAAACCCAAAUAUCCCAUUUAUCUUUCUUUUCUGUUUAAGACCUGCCUGAAUAAAAACAAAACUAACUAACUAUGGCUAUAAACCCACAGGAAUUUGGCUAGGCAAAAAUUUCCUUUGCAAAUAGAACCAAUUCCCAUCUGAAAAUGGCUUCUAGAAAUAAUUAUUUCAUAAAAUAAUUUGAUCCAUGUGUUUGUUUUACAGCAACAGAAAAGAAUCUACCCUUUCUUAAGAGAUUAUAUGUUACUCCCACCUCCCUUUCCUCCAAAAAUUCAGCAGCUGCAUCUCAGUGUAACUUGUACUACCUAACAGUUCUAAGAAAUUUGCUUUUCAGUAGACAUUCAAUAGAAUUCUAAGACUCCCAGAUUUGGUGGAUCUGUCCUCUGAGGCCCCCAAAAGUACAAUCAUGGAACAAGAGGGGUCAACACACCUCUUAUCAAGCAUUCACCUCUACUUUGAUAUCACCCAUUCUUGGAGGGGACCUCAGAAACUCAAACUGCUAUCAAUCAUUUAAAUAGAUAAACUAAAUGAAUCCAAUGAAGAAACCACAAUCAAAUACUCCUUGGAACAACAAUUAGCUGGUCUCCUUUGGAAACAUUCAGGGAAACCUUAAAAAAAGACAUUUUAAAAAGUCAUGUACCUCUAAGAAUAAAGCACAUAAAGAUAUUAAUUUAAGGAAAUUGCCCUCCAGGUAAAUAUAAACAUAAAAUUCUUCCUAGAAGCAUUAGAAAGUGAAAUAGUUAGUUAGUGAAAAACUUAUGGGCCCAAAGCAAUUGUUUAACCAAAUAGCAGAAACCAGUCUAUGAAAACCAUAAUUUGAAAAUAAAAGUCUAUAAUUCUGUUAAAUAGGCAUAGAAAUUUAUAAUCUCUGUUUUAUAAUUAUCCAGUAUUUAUUCAUGUACCUAAAUUAAAAUAAUUUUAAUCCAAGAAAAAUCACCCUGAAAGAUUUUUUUAUAAGACAUUUAUAUCUAAACCCCUCCUCAGAGCAGCGAAAACAUAUAGAAAGAAAAAUAUUUUAUGUAAUUCUUUUUAAAUGUUUUAUUGGGGGUGUCCUUAAAUACAGACAAUCUAAAAUCUACUAAGUUAUAAAGAAGACAGACAAAUAACAUAAGCAUAUGAAAUAUACUUUCAUUUUCUAAAACAUAAAUAGAACAAUAACUUACUCUUUACCUCCAAAAGAACUGUUUACUUCAUUUUUUUUUAACCAUUUGGCAUUCCUGUUUUCCUUGCCCUAAAUGAAUCAGUGAUGUGUUUAUUUGUACCUUCUUUCUAUUCAUGUAUUGCAUAAGUAUUCACAAUUGGGGUUACUGGGCUACAUCUUCCAUAACUGUAACAUCAUUUUAACCAGUCAAUAAUAAAAAUAAUUUUAUUUUGGUUAACUUCAUUUCAACACAGAUGGCUUAGAAAUAAAAAGAAACAUGUGUUUUUCUAUUGUGAUCUUAAAAAUAUCCUUCUAACAUGCUUGCAUUUUUUUGUAAGUGUGCUUACCACUACCUUGUUGUAGUAAACUUUAGAAAAUGUUGAGAUUCCAAAGAGCUGCCUACAAACCAAAUGGCAUCCUAGCUUUGGCAGGCUGAGUGCCUCAUUUCGGCUUCUCUCGCCCCCUCUAGCGUUUGCAAAGCUCAUCUGUCUGAUUAUCCAGUUACCUCACUGAACAAGAGCUUGCCUAAGUCCUGCCCAUCUAUGACAUCACCCCCUUCUUCAACCACUGCGAGGUGAAGCUUUAAACUUCAGACUUGGAGGUGGGCUGUGUGCAGUAAACUGGAAUGCUCUCCCUCGCGCACUUCUCAGUGUAGGAGUGCUCUGAAGCAGGACAAGCUCAGCCUGCAGCUGCCGUUGGCUUUGUGUAGACUGGACGCAAAGCUUGGGAAAGGGGGGAGGGUUAUUGCUUCAAUUCACAAUCAAUGGAAUUACAGCAAUAGCGGGCGGCAGUGUAUAUAGGAUUGCUUUUCUCGUCUUCCUGGAGGUGCUCAGUUCCAGUAUACUUUAAGGAAGAAAAAUAUAAAGGAAAUUUAGUAUACUUCCUUUUCUUUCCAUGAAGAAUAAUUGAAUUGUUUCCUAUUCCUCUUAAAAGAGAAUACCUGUUCUUAUAUCACGUGACUGCACCAGAAAUUCUGAGAAAGCAGCAAGAAGCAAAAGCUGGAAAUAGCUAUUUCACAGCAGGGUUCUGGAGCAACGGAAGCUACCUUGUAUAAAGACCUCAACACUGCUGACCAUGAUCAGCCCAGCCUGGAGCAUCUUCCUCAUCUGGACUAAAAUUGGGCUGUUUCUUCAAGUGGCACCUCUGUCAGUUAUGGCUAAAUCCUGUCCAUCUGUGUGUCGCUGUGAUGCGGGUUUCAUUUACUGUAAUGAUCGCUCUCUGACAUCCAUUCCAACAGGAAUACCAGAGGAUGCUACAACUCUCUACCUUCAAAACAACCAAAUAAAUAAUGCUGGGAUUCCCUCAGAUUUGAAAAACUUGCUGAAAGUAGAAAGAAUAUUCCUAUACCACAACAGUUUAGAUGAAUUUCCUACCAACCUCCCAAAGUAUGUAAAAGAGCUACAUUUGCAAGAAAAUAACAUAAGGACUAUCACUUAUGAUUCACUUUCAAAAAUUCCAUAUCUGGAAGAAUUACACUUAGAUGACAACUCUGUCUCUGCUGUUAGCAUUGAAGAGGGAGCAUUCCGAGACAGCAACUAUCUACGACUGCUUUUUCUGUCCCGUAACCACCUUAGCACAAUACCCUGGGGCUUGCCCAGGACUAUAGAGGAACUACGCUUGGACGAUAAUCGAAUAUCUACUAUUUCAUCACCAUCUCUUCAAGGUCUCACUAGCCUAAAACGCCUGGUUUUAGAUGGAAACCUAUUGAACAAUCAUGGUUUAGGUGACAAAGUUUUCUUCAACCUAGUUAACUUAACAGAACUGUCACUGGUGCGGAAUUCUCUAACUGCUGCACCAGUAAACCUUCCAGGCACAAACCUGAGGAAGCUUUAUCUUCAAGAUAACCACAUCAAUCAGGUGCCCCCAAAUGCUUUUUCUUACCUAAGGCAGCUGUAUCGACUUGAUAUGUCCAAUAAUAACCUAAGUAAUUUACCUCAGGGUAUCUUUGAUGAUUUGGACAAUAUAACCCAACUGAUUCUUCGCAACAACCCCUGGUAUUGUGGGUGCAAGAUGAAAUGGGUACGUGACUGGUUACAAUCACUACCUGUGAAGGUCAAUGUGCGUGGGCUCAUGUGCCAAGCCCCAGAAAAAGUUCGUGGGAUGGCUAUCAAGGACCUCAAUGCAGAACUGUUUGAUUGUAAAGACAGUGGGAUUGUAAGCACUAUUCAGAUAACCACUGCAAUACCCAAUACAGUGUUUCCUGCCCAAGGACAGUGGCCAGCUCCAGUGACCAAACAACCAGAUAUUAAGAACCCCAAGCUCAUUAAGGAUCAGCGAACCACAGGGAGUCCCUCAAGAAAAACAAUUACAAUUACUGUGAAGUCUGUCACCUCUGACACAAUUCAUAUCUCUUGGAAACUUGCUCUACCCAUGACUGCUUUAAGACUAAGUUGGCUUAAACUGGGCCACAGCCCAGCAUUCGGAUCUAUAACAGAAACAAUUGUAACAGGGGAACGCAGUGAAUACUUGGUCACAGCCCUGGAGCCUGAUUCACCCUAUAAGGUAUGCAUGGUUCCCAUGGAAACCAGUAACCUCUACCUAUUUGAUGAAACUCCUGUUUGUAUUGAGACUGAAACUGCACCCCUUCGAAUGUACAACCCUACAACCACCCUCAAUCGAGAGCAAGAGAAAGAACCUUACAAAAACCCCAAUUUACCUUUGGCUGCCAUUAUUGGUGGGGCUGUGGCCCUGGUGACCAUUGCCCUUCUUGCUCUUGUGUGUUGGUAUGUUCAUAGGAAUGGAUCGCUCUUCUCAAGGAACUGUGCAUACAGUAAAGGGAGGAGGAGAAAGGAUGACUAUGCAGAAGCUGGCACUAAGAAGGACAACUCUAUCCUGGAAAUCAGGGAGACUUCUUUUCAGAUGUUACCAAUAAGUAAUGAACCCAUCUCAAAGGAGGAGUUUGUAAUACACACCAUAUUUCCUCCUAAUGGAAUGAAUCUGUACAAAAACAAUCACAGUGAAAGCAGUAGUAACCGAAGUUACAGAGACAGUGGUAUUCCAGACUCUGAUCAUUCACACUCAUGAUGCUGGAGGACUUGCAGCAGACUGUGUUUCAGGUGUUUUAAACCUAAAGAAGGUGAUGGUAGGAAUCCUGUUCUACUGCAAAACACUGGAAAAAAAGAGACUGAAAAAAGCAAUGUACUGUACAUUUGCCAUAUAAUUUAUAUUUAAGAACUUUUUAUUAAAAGUUUCAAAUUUCAGGUUACUGCUGCGAUUGAUGUAGUGGAGAUGCCUGAAUACAAUUCUAUAUUUUAGUAUUUUUUAGUAAUUUGUACUGUAUUUUCCUUGCAAAUAUUGAAGUUAUAAACCAUUUACUUUGUGUUCUACUGAGUAAGAUGACUUGUUGACUGUGAAAGUGAAUUUUCUUGCUGUGUUGAACAAUCAGGACUGCGUUCACAUGAGAUCCUUGUAGUAUAAGCACAGGCCAUUUUUCACUUUGGUAUUAAUAAAAUGUAAAAAAAAAUAACUUGGCUGAAUGAGAAAAAUUAAAUUUCAAAAAAUAGUUAUAAAAUAAUGUUCCAAUUAUUAAAUUUGUAUUAUCCUAGUGGUAUUCAAUAAAUCAAAAUGUGAAGUAAUGGGCAAUAUCAAACUUGCUGCAUAUCUCCAUUUUUGCUCUAGGCAAAUUAGAUAUUCUUAAGAAAGUUAAGCAUAUCUUCUGAACUGAGGACAUCAGGUGGCAUAAAAGGAGUGUGAAGUCCAUUAUAAAAGCCACUGUCAACAAAGCUUUAAGAAUAAAUGACUUCACAAAAACAAUAAUGUAAGUGUACUUCCAAGUUAGGGGGGAAAUGUAUACUUAGGAAAACAUGAAAACUUAGACUUUUAUAGUAUAAUGAACACAAAUACCAAAAUUGCAUUUUGGUUUUGCCUAUACCUUCCUGAUUUCUGAAAAGUAAAUUCUGACCACAAAAUUGUUAGUGUUUAUGAUAUUUUUAUCAUAAAGAUGUCAAAGAGAAAUCUUACACAUAUUAAAAAUGUAGUGUAACUAUAAGCAAUUCCCCUCAACAUUCCAGAGAAAGUAAUAUUUUAAGUAACAGAAAAUUUCAAAGAAAAAUAAUUACUAGAAAUCAAAUUUAGAUCUGGUUUAUGUGAAAUGUUUUAACACUGUACAUAAAUGUUCAAUUUACGUUCACAAUGAUCAGGAAUACUGCCCAUUACUGUCACAGUUCUCCAGAUAUUACAUAAUGAACUUGUAACAUUUCUUUCUAGCUUCCUACUGAAUUGUGAGCUAUUACUUGUUUAAAAACCAUAUCACUUUUCAGUUGCCAUGAUUCUAUUUUUUUUAACAAAAACCAAAGUGCAUUGUACGCCCUUUGGCCAGUCUUGUAUGUGCCUUGAUCCAACGCUACAUGUAUUCAGCUUUUAAAACUCGACAAAUUUUUCAUACUUCCUUAAAUAUGAAAAAUUAUGGUCUUAUUGCUGAAUAAAACUUAAAAAAAAGUACAGAUAAUUGUGCUUGCUUUUUCGGGAUUAUGUUACUAUCACUAAGUAGCAAAUUGCCCAGCACAUUAGUCCUAAACACCCCAUGUAUUUUUCUAGGCAUAAAAAUAAAAGUUGGCUACAAAUAAAAAAUAAAUAGCAAUAUUUUGAGGUUGUGUAUUAUUUUACUUUGAAGAGUUUAGUGUUUCAUGUAUAAAUUCAUUUCUUCUUAUUUUACUUAUUCAGUCUAUAGAUGGAAAAUGGUUGCAGGGUCUUUCCUUCUCAUGUGCACUGCUGCCAUUGUUAUGUUACUUUUUAAGGUGGUCUUUGAGAAACUAAUUUUUUUAAUCGGCUUUUGGUAGUAGAAUGAGUUGGCAUCUGUGACACUGUGAAAAAUAUAUUUGGUCUUUGACCCUGUUUCCUGGCAUACAACUCCUAAAAUCCUUAGACUUUCCAAAGUGAUGUCUUUUUGUAUGCUAAUGAGUUGGCUGAUGGCUGCCAGCCCCUAGGUUGCUUCAUGAUGGGAGCUGGUCACUGGAAAGACCAAGGCAUGACUAGAGUCUGGGGACUUUGAGCCCACCUAACCUCAGGGGAUGGCGGAGGGGCUAACGGUUAAGUUGAUCACCAAUGGCUAAUUUAAUCAAUAAUGCCUAUAUAAUAAAGCCUCCAUAAAAACCCAAAAGGCCAGGGUUCAGAAAGCAUAUAGAUAGCUGAACAAGUAGGGGUUCCUGUUGGGUAGCAUGCUGGAGAGAGCAUGGAAAUUCUUCAUACUCUCACACCUCACCCUAUGCGUCUCUUCAUCUGUAUCCUUUGUAAUAUCCUUUAUAAUAAAUCAGUAAAUGUGUUUCCUUGAAUUGUGAGCCACUCUAGCAUAUUAAUCAAACCCAAGGGAAGGGGUCAUGGGAACCCCAACUUGAAGCUAGUUGGUCAAAAGUUCCAGAGGCCCAAACUUGUAACUGGUGUCCGAAAGGGUGGGGGUGAGGGCACAGUCUUGCGGGACUGAGCCCCCAACCUAUGGGAAUUAAUGCUGUCUCCAGGCUGAUAGUGUCAAAAUUAGAUUGAAUUAGAGGACUCCCAGCUGGUGUCUGCUGCAGAAUUGAUUGCUUGCUUGGUGUGUGGGGAGAAUCCCCCAUACAUUUGGUCACAGAAGUCUUAUAUGUUGAUUAUUGUUGAGUAAGAGUUUAGAAAAAACACUUUGAGUUUGUUUUUUCACACACAACUUCAAAAGACUUUGAAAUCUCAGGUCUACUGCUUGGUAUAAGUAUGUACUUAAAACCAAACCACUUCUUCCUAGCUCUGUUUCCAUAUCUUUAAAAUGGGAUAGUACCACUCACCUCACAGUGUUGUUGUCAGGAUUAAAUAAGAUGACAUGCAUGAAAACUGUAUAAUGUUCUACAAAAUAUAAGUUACUAAUAUUAUGGUCAACAAAAGUCUGUCAUGUUUUCCCAGAGAUUUUGUAGGUUUCACUGCUUCUACUAUUCUGACAAAGAGAUAUCUCCAACUGACUGACUAUGAAAUCUUAUUCAUUAUUCAUAUGUCACCUUCAAAAUGUUUCCCAACACUUUCUCUUUUGACUUCCUGUUAUGGAGUAUGGUUGUCUUCUGGGAACAACUUAAAGACAAAUGUGAUUAAUAUUGAAUGUGUGGAACAUUUUCUAAAGGAAGUUUGACUUUGCUACUAAAGGUUUUGAGUAGUUCAAAUUAUAGUUCUACCAAAAGUCAGGAAAUGGGCUAGAUAUUUCCAUAAAGUCUUAGAAACCUAUGGUUUAUAACAAGCCAAAAAUCAAGAGAUUAUAUUGACAUUUUCCAGUUAGUAUACCUUUCAUGAGUACAGAAAGUUUUAUGUAUGUUCUCAUAUAUAUUUUUUUAUUAUUUUACCUGGAAUAAACCAGAAACAUGUUUUAUACCACCAAAUCCAAAGAGCACCAAGGGGGUAAAAGUUUAUUCUUUACCUAGGCUUGCUAUGAAAUCCAUAUGCUUUGAAAAUAUAUUUUUUUUUCAGUAGAAUAUCAAGACCUUAAAUACACUAAAUAAAUUAUACACACAUUUCCAUAUGUCCCAAACUAAAUGUUCAUAAUUUUUAUGGAUGAAACUAAACUCCAAAUCAGGUACUGGCAGAAAAUUAUAGGAAAAACAUCCAAUCCUAAAUAUAUAGCAUAUAGAUUCAACAAGAAUACAACUGGGAAAACUAGAAAAAAAGUUGAGGGAAAAAUGACUCCCUUGCUGAAUGUUUAACAAAAAUCAAAAACUGUUUUAGAUGCAGCCACUUGUAACUGUAUUAAAUCACUGCACUUACUCUCAUUCCCUAUUAAAUAUAAUACUAUGCUCUAUCUUUCAGCAAGGCUGAUUUAUUAGAAGUGUUCCCCUGUACCAAAGGAACUAGUAAAAAACUCUGCUUUACUAACUACAGCUUCUGACUAAAACACAUUUUAUAGCUACAUGCCAACAUGACACUUUUCACGAGGAAUCCAAAGAACCUACAUGCUUUUAACCACCUGAAGAGUGGGUGUUAAAGGAAUGAAUCCCCCACUGAAUUUAAUAUUAGCUCAUCUGCUGCUGAAAACAGCAGUGGCAUUUAAAAUUCUAAUUCCUUUCUCCUACUUAACAUGAUUAGCAAAUCUUAAUUUAGCAUCAUCUUCAAAUUACAACUACUGUACUUUUUGUUUUGGGACUUACGGUUAAAUUAGCAAAAAAAAAAAAAACUUCACAUUUAUCAAUCACUUUCUGAAGAACUUCAGAGUUCUUUACAAAUAGUCUUAACAAGCCAAUGACCUUUCCUAAGUGCCUUUUAUAUUAUAUUAUAAAUAGGAGAAGCCUUGCCUUCAAGAGGUGUGCUGUCUAGAGAUUGUAAGGCAUAAACAUAUAAUCUAAAGAAAGUUUACAGCUGUUGCAGCAUAGAGGAACAUGCAAUAAUUACAUCUGUUUACAUGGAUCAAAGAAGUCAUCAUGAAGGACAUAAAAUUAAGGCCUGGUGUUGAACGGUAAAAAGGAAUUUAAAGAGAAAGCAAGAAAAGCAGAUACCAGCCAUGGAGUGAAAAUGGUGGGGAAAAAAAAAUCACAGAGAUAGAAGAGUGGGUAAGGCUUUCUAGCCCUGGCUUUGGUCAGAAUCACUUGGGGAGGUCUUUAUUAAGAUAACCAGGCCACAAUAUAAACUUACUAAAUUAAAAUCUCCCGGGUUAAGGCUAGGCAUUUCUAUUUUUUAAAAUCCCCAAGGUGAUUCUGAUGUGGUUGAGGAUCACUGAUUUAGGAGGUGUUUGGUUAAGGUGAAAUGCAGGGUCCUUGAAGAAGGUAAGACUGGAAGGUUUUUUUUAAAAAAAUGUUAGGCUUUGUAGGGUGUUGAAUUCCAAGCUGAAAAGUCAGCAUUCAUAUUCUUUGGCAAUUAUUUUUGAGCAGGUGUAUAAACAAUCAGUGCACUUGAGGAACAUUUUGUGGGAAUAAAAAAUAUUGCAUUAAGAAUGAAUGGAGAGAAACUGGUAGCAAGAAGACAAGUUAGAAGGCUGUGCAGUAUUCCAGAGGAAAUAAGAGCCUAAAUGGUGCAUUGCCAAUGGAUUGGGUUUUUUGUGUGUUUUUUUUUUUUUUU